UUAAAAUGUUAAAUAAGAUUUAUAUGAAACAGUUGCUUUGUUCAAGAAUACAGGUUCGUUUUACAUGUUAUAGCAUAGUGAAGCUAUGAGCAAGGGAAACAACUUUAAAUGACCCGUAUAAUAAACUAUCACAGUUGUCGCUGCAUUGUGACAGCAGUGAAAAUCAGUAUAUAUAUCUGUUCCUUAUGUCUAAAACAUACACGACCGAUUUACUGUUUACAUUUGAUUUUGUUCCUAUUUCAGGAAUAUAUUUUGCUAUUUCAAUGGCGUUUGUAUCUGCAUCGCUUGUUCAAACUGUCAUAGUGCUUAAUGUAUUUUAUAGAGGGACUAAUGGCCGAACUGUUCCAAGAUGGGCUAGGUUAAUUUUCUUCCGUUUCAUUGGGAAGCUGUUGUGUGUCCGAAUUAAAAACCCACAUGCAGUACAUCCCAUCGAAAAGAUGCCGAGCGAUAACAGUUACUUAGAUGGAAUGAGCGAACAUAAUGAUAGAGAAGAGUUUAUACCCAUCGACAACGUCUCUAAUGUAACAAACAAACACCAUAAAACAAAGCCACCGUACCGUAGGAAGCUAGUGAAUAACUUUAUUUCAAAGGAUGCAACUGACAGAAUAAAAGAGAAAAUAGACAACAGGAGGGCAGCUGCAGAAGAGUUUAGCGAUAAACCUGAUGCAGAAAGUGUAAAUGCAGAGUGGAGAGAUCUUGCAAAUGUUCUCGACAGAGUAUUUCUGAUUUCAUAUGUACUUGUAACUUAAGCGUCAACUUUGGCGUUUAUCAUACAAUGUGUGUGAAUCUGUUGACAUUCUAUGAACAAGAACUUUUUUAACAUAAAUAACAAAAUUACUUGGUUAAGUGAUGCGACAAUGUCAUACAUACUAGGCUAAUGUCAUUGCUACUAUGCUACAAAAACUUCUGUAAUAUAAAUAACAAAAUUACUUGGCUAAGUGAUGCGACAAUGUCUUACAUACUAGGCUAAGUGAUGCGCCAAUGUCAUAAACUAGGCUAAGUGAUGCGUUAAUGUCAUGUCUUUAAAAAUGGGGCGAAUAUUUUGGAACUGCGUCCACAGCGUUUUAAAUAUAUUCACAAGGCAAUGGCGUUUUACUAAAAUAAAUCCCUCUAUGAGCACAUCAUUCAAAAUACCCUAAUGUCCCACGUUAAGUUAUAUUUGCGCGAACGGAUAAAAGCACGGUGUUGUUGGUCGACGCCGUGACAUUUCUUUUAGUUUUGAUUUGUUUUGUCAGGUACCCGUGCCAGUAAGUUAGAGGUGAUAAUAACUGUUUACAGACACAUACUAAUUCAUACAUUUAGUAGAAGACAAACGGACUAAUACAUUCGGCUCUACAAUAGCAAAUUUUCUAAGGCACCAGUGCAUCUUCUACAUUCAGUCAUAAAAUUUAAUUAAUCAAUUAGACAUGACAUUGUGCAAUUACUUAAUCAUCUAAUACCAUCGAAAUUAUAUUUAUUGACUUUGACAAAGACCUACAUUUGUACUUUUCUUAUGACAACGAUACUUUUUCUUUUAAUAAUAUUAUGAUUUUUUAUCCUAAUUAUGGUAUUUACUCGUUAAAUUCAAGAUGUUUCACUUGUGCUUUUUGGCACAUUUCUUAGAAUGAGGUCAGUAGUAAACCGAACGAAAUUGCACGGUGAAACGUUUAGAUAUUCCUGAAAGUUUGAUAUUUUAUUAAUAAAUUUACAAGAUAAAUAGCUCUGAAAGUGUGCACAAUUUAAGAAUAUACCUUAAAUAGUUUCCAGAUGUUCGCAAUAUGUGUAAAGAGUUACUCAGUGUUGUUAUAUUUUCUGGUCCUUAGGGACAUAGAGUCCCAAUUCAUUUAACUAUAAUAGACGUACUUAAGCCGCCAAUAGGUGUAAAAUAACCUAAGAGGGAAUGGUGCGGUCAUGACUUUUUGUUUAAAUAAGGCUGUUAUGAUUGUUAUUAUC